AUGAGGUUGAGACCUGCGAAGAAUGGAGAAGGAGUCGACACCACAGGGACACCGAAACGCGCCAAUGACGAUGGGACAAUGUUGCUAGAGUCCGAGGGCAUCCAUGAGGGAAUGCCACUAGACGAACGUAGGAGUCAAGGGUCCCGUGGUUCCCAUUUCUUCACGCCAAGCAACCUUCCUCCUACUAUACUCUCGCGUAAAACGGCAUGGGAUCGAGUGGCAGCGUCCGGACAGAAAGGGCAUCUGUUCCUGAGGAUCGCAACAGACCGCCAGCUGCUGUGCUGCGUUGCGGCGUCUAGGGCCGUCGCCCAGAAUACUGGUCACCUCGCUGUCGCUCGAAACAGGAAGGAAGCGUUGUACGCUGUGUCUUUGGGUAGCCGCCUCCGUUGCAUGAGUCAGUGCUUGCAGCAAUGUCUCGACUCGGGAACAAUGCGGGUUCUUCCACAACCAUACAACGUCGCAUAUUACCACAUCUCCGAGAAUUCCUUGGAUAGGACUUGGUACGAUAAAGUGGAGCGUACCGCAGAUACCGCUAUUGUAGAGAUAGUCAUCGAAACAGCCCAUGUCCUCUCCUUGCCAUCCCUAGGAGGGAUUUUCUUGAAUCGCAGCGAAGAAUCACGGACCGAGGCUGCGAGUAGCAGUAGUUACAAGCACCAUCUUGAUAAUUCACCCAGCGCGGACGGUGACAAGGCUCUAUUUCCUGGCGCCCACGAAGCAUCCUAUGGCCGUCGAGAGACCGUCGUUCUCCUGAAUAGAAACAUUGUUGCUGACUAUGUCUCCACGUCUUUGUUCGUGGAAGGAUGCGCAGGCAGUAUCGUCGCAAAAGAGCUUAUUGCUGCAACUUACGAGACAUAUCCCAGCGCGACGGGAUGCCGGGUCUUUGGCCAGCAGACGCUGCGUUUCGGCGUCACCGAUCCAACUCCACAACGAGACCACCCGAAUUUUGCGCGCCAUGCGAUCUUGAUCAUUCACUCGCUGGCACUGGAGUAUCGAUCAGUUUCCGUCGGCACGUCUUGUUCCCUCGUGCAUCCGAACAUCGGCGUCAAAGGUCCGGACAGUACAAUGGCACACCUUUGCAAGACGCUUCUUGUAGGCCUUCUCUUAUACCUCGGGAUUGAGGAUUGGUGUCACAUCAUUACUUACUCGAAAAAAGGAUUUGUCACGACAGAGUAA